UAGUAAUAAUCACUCAACAGUCCGUGAGCAACCACCGGCAAAUGGCUAUCUCCUCCACCGUAACGAAUUUAAUCUCCACCGUCCAUCCCGACAUCAUAGACGCUCACAUCCUCACGCGCCUCGACGGCCCAACCCUAGCCUCCGUCUCCUGCGCCUCCACACGCCUUCACGAGCUCGCAUCCAACGAGAUCCUCUGGUCCAAAAUCUGUUGCUCCACGUGGCCUUCCGUUUCCUCCUUCUCCGAUCUUACUCGUUCUUUUUUUUCCGACGUUUAUUCUGUGAUCGACACCGUCGGUUCAGUCACUGAUCUCGACCGUCCGUUUCCCGAGUUGAUCUCCGCCGUCGAUUUGCACUACAGAGGGAAGGUAAUUUUCAGUAGAGUCGUGAAGACGGAGACGACGACGGCGUGGUUCCGGGGAUCGCCUCUGAGGAUCGAUCUGGUGGAUCCGAAGGAUACGGUGGAAACGCCGAUCAAACGAGGACGGUGGACGGAAGACACGUGUCGAGAUCUGGAUCAGGGUUUGACUUUGAGCUGGAUCGUGAUCGAUCCGAUCGGGAAGCGAGCGGCGAAUCUGUCGAGUCACCGGCCGGUGUCGGUGGAGCGGAACUGGAUAAGCGGGGAAGUGGAGGCGAAAUUCGCGACGGUGGUGGGAUUGGAAUCGCCGGAGGAGACGGUGGAGUGUGUGAUCACGGUGGUGACGGGUGGAGAGGAGGAGUUGCACGUGAAGGAGGUGAGCCUCAAGGUGGAGAAGAUGGAGGGAACGCAUUUGAACGGGAAGGACAGUUUGGUCAUUUUGAGGAGGGUAAUGGAGGGUAAAAGGGGAAAUGGAAGAAGGAGAGAAUUGGAAGCGAAGAGGAGACACGAGGAGUUUGUGGAGAAGAAGAGAGAGAGGAAAGAGAAGAAGCUGAGGGCAGAAUUGGUAUUCGACAUUUUAACAGUCGCUUUUGGGAUUUUAGGCUUUGGGUCACUUGUUGGGUUAUGCCUUUGGUCUCGGUGACUUCCAUCAUUUUUAGGAUAUAUAGUAGAUAUAUACUA